AUGGAGAAAAGCAGACCACACACCAAACUUGGUGCCGCUUUCUCCAGAGGUGCCGCCACCAGAACAUCUGAGGGGAAUCAUCCAACAGCUCUUCCCAUGCGACUGGACGCAGUCACGGGUGACGAGCGUCUUCCUGCGCACGAGCAGUUGCAGGAAAUGCUGCGAGGGAAACUGCGCAUUCAGCAGGCCGACAGCGCUCAACUCGGCGCUCUCUUGAUGGAGUUGUCGUGUAACCUUGUCGCCGUUGAUAGCGAAGACCAAGUGGUUUUUGUCACCUUCAAAACAUUGGAGGAAGUCUGGAAGUUCACAACGUAUUACACGCUGGGUCUGCUCGGUCAUUUCAUGGAACAUCUGAUGUUCGACCAAAAGAUGUGGCUCAUCUCCAUGGAAAAGCAUCUUGGAAUCCAGGUUUCUAUUCCGGAGGACACGCUUCAAGUUCUCUACAUGUGCGUUCUCACGGAAGAAGCGUCGCUGUUUGCACGCUGCGCGACCGGCCAGGUGUUUGACAGCUGCACCUCCGGAGGCGACCUGUACCUAGAGCGGGGCGACGUGGCACUCUUCGAGCCCCCAUUCCUCGACUCGGGUUGGACCGUUCUCCGCCUGGCCGACGGGGUCAGAGGCACCGCGCCUGAACCUGCGCUGGAACCCCUCGUACCUUUUCACCAGUGGUUUCUCAAGUCUUGUUCAGAGAACGUUUUGGUGGGUGAUGGCAAACCGACACGUGACCUCCGUUUGCACUUUGCCACAGGAACAUGCAUGGUGACGACGCAGUACGACGCAGAAGGUCCGGACGAGCUAAGCGUGGUACCCGGCGAUUGCAUCACCAUCGCUGGACGAUUGGUGUCCUGUCACGACUGGUUCUUGGGCGUGAAGGAGGAAACGGAGGAAGCGGGUCUUGUGAGGACAAGCCUGGUGGAACUAUCUAGUGACACCUAUGAUUCUGAAGAUGUUCUUCUCAACGAGGAAGAAAUGAGCUGCAUCAUGCUGCAAGAGGACAACGUCACGGAGGAAAUGAUGACCUUCCUCCAGAGGAUAAUCCAAAGUCAUACUGGACACAAGUACAAACUAGAUUUGUUUGGUCUUCAAGAAUCUGAGAGGAGUCAUUCCAGUGAACCUUGGACGACACUUGAACCUGACGCCAAAGAAAAUACAGAGGAACUUCUUGAUGGAGAAAAGCAUCCACCUGAGAGUGUCUACCAAGAGACCCAGGAGGAUGCUACUGAUCCUGUCGCUCGCCAACUCGUUCCUCAUAUCGACUUUCAUCCGGCUGAAGAAAGACAAAACGGAGAGAACGAGUCUUUGCUGAUGUCUUUUUUAGAAGAACGGGAUUUCAAAGAUCAGUUCAGAGUCCUUUACACGCAAAGUCCUGAACUUCUGUCCUCGACGGUCUUCUGUAGUCGCUGGCACGAGGACGAUUUGAUUUCCUUUUUGUCCGUCGCUAGGGAAACUGCUCGGAAGAAGCGGUUCUUGUGGGCCCAGACUCGUUUGUGCUUUCUCUUGGGCAAGUUCUGCGCGGCCCAGACCAAAUUUAGCCAGGCCCGCGUUUAUUUUGAAGAGGCUCUGGGCGUGCCUCGAGAAAUUUUUCACGAUCUCAGGCUGCUGGCCAGCAUUUACUCCAACCUGGCCGCUAUUUAUCUUUUACAGAAGAACACUGAGAGCUUCUUCGGUCUGGCUGAGCGACUCGCGGCCUUGUUAAUGGGAACGCCGUACUGUCUGGAAUGCGUGAAGGAAAGUUCAGUUCUAGAAUACGCCCUCAAGAAAGCAAUUCUGUCUCAAAACGCAAUGGCUGAGGCCCGAGCAUGUUGUCUUCUGGCAACGCACCAUUGGACUUGUAAAGAACGCGGAAAAGUCAUCCCCUACCUCGAGAGGUUCCUUGUUCUUUACGCUGGAGCUGAGGGAAAGGUCUCCUCCAGUGGAGUACAUCUAACCCUGGGGAGGCUGUUUAGGGAAAUGGGUCUACCUUAUCUGAGUAUUUGCUCAGCCGGAAGAGCAUCGUGGCAUCCUUCUGCGACGCUGACGCACAGCCUUAGCAGCCUUCUUCUCGUUUCGGACCACACCGUGGAGAAGAACUCUUUCCCGGCGCACUUGGCUCCGUAUUUACACCGCUGCCUUUCUUUGACCGACAGCCAAGCAGCGUCAUGCCUAAGAACACAUUUAGCGCUGAAGCACCAGCUGACAGUUUGUCUUUCACGGCUCUUUUACCGGCACGGGAUGAUCGACCACGCCAUCAGACUAAUGCGCGAUCUGGUGGACGACGCUCUUCUGCCGAACGAUGUGGCAGAACGGAAGAGUGCCCUCAUCUGGCUGGCGUGGCUCCACAUCCAUGACGGUCGACCAAGCACCGGGCUUCACAUCUUGGAGUCGGUCUUGGCUGAACUGCCGGAGCACUGCACCACGCCGCUGGAAGGGCUGGUGCUCAAUAUGCGUGGCGUGGCUCUCAGGUGCACAGGGGACCUUCGCAGGGCGGCGCAGAGCUACAGAGCCGCAGAAGACGUCUGCAGGGAGUACCAGGACAUACCAAAUUGGGCGAUUGUUCACGCAAAUCUCGGCCUGCUGUGCCUCAAGGCUGGAGCGAAGGGGCUAGCGCAGAAGCACCUGAUGGAGUCGGUGCAGCUCUUCUCAGCACGAGCCGAAGGCCACGAGACGAGCUUCAUCGCCGUGCUGCUAGAACUGGGGCGACACUGCGUGAACGAGCGACGGAUGCAUCACGCAAAAGGAUGCUACGAGUGGGCUUUGCUACUGGCCAUCAACUCCAACCUCGACGAGUGCCAACUGACUGCGCUCAGAUGUCUGUGCCAACUGUACGAGCGGGAAAGUCCCGACCGGGUCUGCCGUCUCAUCUACGGCCUGCACCAGGUCCGUCUGCUUCAAGGUACGCCAGACCGGGAACAGGAGGGUGAAGCACUGGAGGCCAUUAGCCAGCUCUUCCUCUCGCUGGCCACACACAGAGCCUACCGCACCGCUCUGGAGCACACCAAGAGCAGUCUUGCGAUUUUCAUCGAUCUGGGCCGCAGAGAGAAGGAAGCGUACGGGUGGUUGCGGGCCGCCAAGAUCUACCACCUCCUUGGCCAAGUGGAACUAGUGGACCUUUACGUACAGGCAGCUCAAGACGUCGCUCUGAGCACCGGAGACACCAAGUUCAUCUUGGAGCUCCUCGAAGCUGCCGGAGACAUCUUCUUUGACAGCGGACACCAUCAAGACAAGGCGGUUGUCUAUUACAGGGAUCGCGCGCUUCCCAUUGCGAUGAGAAGUGGCGCCGCAUACAGCCGGCUGAGGUUGUGCAACAAGCUGACGGAAGUCCUGCUCGCUCUCCGACUCUACGCAGAAGGUGUGGCGUUCGCGCACACCGCGCUGGAAAUUAGCAUCACCUUGGGCGAGCGCCUGAACGAGCGAGUAGCCCACCACCGUCUGGCGUCGGCGUACCAGCGUUUGGGCCAGUGGGAGCUGGCCGAGCACUAUUUCCUCAAAACUUUGAGCCUCUGCCCGGCUCCUCUGCAGUUCGACGAGGAAGCGCUCUACUACAUGAGAGUCUAUCGGACCCUCGGGGACAUCCUCUUCUACAAUCUUAAGGAGCCGUUCGACGCUGCGGGCUACUACCACUUGGCGUUGGCGGCAGCCAUGGACGUGGGCAGCAAAAAGUGGCAACUGCUACUGUGCACCCGCCUCGCCGCCCUGUACCACAACUUCCUGCUGGACCGCCACCUCUCACUCUUCUUUUACAAGAAGUCCAGAAGCCUGGCCGCGGAACUCAACGCCAGGAGGGGCAACGUGGCGGCAAGUGGCGCCAAUGGUUACUAG